CCACACUUUCUCCACACACCUCAAUUAACCUCUUCCAACUUCUAACCAAUACCAUUAUAUUCCACACAUGGCUAUUCGUUUGCCCAGUGUUCUGAGUGCCAGACACAUUCUUCGGCGAUCGAGUCUUUUCGCAAAUCAUGCAGCUGCAACAUCACUCGAUGUGCCCAAAGGCCACUUUGCUGUGUACGUAGGAGAGGGUGAAAAGAAGAGAUUCGUGAUACCGGUUUCAUAUUUGAACCACCCUUCAUUUCAAGAGCUUCUGAGUAUAGCAGAGGAAGAAUUUGGCUUCAGUCAUCAACUGGGUGGCCUCAUCAUUCCCUGCACACAAGAAUUUUUCCUUAACAUCACCUCCACCUUACAUAGGCUAUGAUCUGCAUUUUAUCAUAUCACAGUUUUUUUCUUCAUGUUUUUUUGCCUUUUUUGCCUUUCAACAUGUGGUGUCACAAAAGUUUACCCCUGCUGAAAGGUUUCUAAUAUGAAACAUUAAUUGUAUCAUUGGCAAAGAACAUCAGUACAAAAACAAUGAGAUUACAAACUUCACUA